UAUAUUAAAAUUGUUUAACAUCUCAUACAAUCUCUUUCGAAAUGCUAUGGUAACUUUGUCCUUAUCCCCACCAUUCGAUCAGUUAGGAUGUCUGAUUGUCCAGCUUUAGUGCAAGUCUUCGAGGAUAAUGUAGAGCUCAGUAAACGACUCUGUUCCUUUGUCAAAGACAGAUACGACGAGGCUGUCGAAUCCCACGGAAAGUUCCACAUUGCUGUCAGUGGCGGAAGUCUACCUAAGUUCAUGAAGGGUCUGAGCAAACGUCAGGAUAUUGAUUGGACAAAGUGGUGGGUUUACUUCUGUGAUGAGAGAUAUGUAUCUAGUGAUGAUCCAGACAGCAACUAUGGGGCUCUCAAACAAGUUCUUCUUGAUGAUAUCUCGAUUCCAGAAUCCCAAAUCCUCAAAAUAAACUCUGCCGUCUCCGUGGAAGAGGCAGCUAAACAGUACGAAAAGGAAAUGAAGGAACGUCUCCCGUCCAUGGAACUGGACCUGUCACUCUGUGGUAUGGGUCCUGAUGGUCACACGUGUUCCCUGUUUCCUGGUCACCCUCUGCUGAAGGAGGACUCUGUUGAUAUUGCUGCCAUAUCUGACUCCCCUAAACCUCCUCCUAAGAGAAUCACUAUGACAUACCGUCUGUUGAGGAAAUGUCAACAAGUUGUAUUUGUAGUUACAGGUGAAUCUAAAGUACCUAUGGUUGUGCCCUCAUUGCACGAGUCUCCAGAAAACCGACCCCCAGCAGGACAAGUCAGGCCUGAUUCCGGUAAACUAUUCUGGUUCCUUGAUAGCAAAGCGGCGGCUGGUCUCCCCGACAGAGGGCCCACCCCCUCUCUUAUAUAAUAAGGGGUAUUAUAUAAUGUAUACAUAUAAUUGAUAGUAUUAUAGGCUUUUAAUUGGUAAAACCCUCUGCAGUGCAUUGUGAUUUAUGAUAUUUUAUUGAAUCUGGUCAGAUUUUGUCAUCUUUCCAUAGCUUUUAAGGGGUAAUUACGGUUCACGAUUUCAUUGAAAUAUUUAAGUUAUUACAUUUAGUUUUGAUGUUUUUUGUUGUUGAGAAAAUACAGUUUUUGAUUUGAUGUAUACUGUGUUUAUAUUUCGCUAUUCACCCAUGUUAUAAUUUGUCCUUUUGUAUUGA